AUGAUCACAUCAGGUGGCAACGAAGAAAUUGGUGAAAAUGAACUUGAACCAUUAUUGGUUAAUAAUGGGUCAGGGGAUUUAUCAUAUUUAAAAAAGUUUGAAAAACAAGAGAAUAUUGAUGAAAAUGGAGGAGAUGAUAUGCUAUUGGUUGAUAAAAUGGUCGGAUACCAAUCAAUAUCAUCUAGAGAAUUAAUUUAUUGGUUAUCUAUACUAUUUUCAUGUGGAGGUAUCUUAUUGAUAUUUUAUUGGUUUGAAUCAUUUUACAUCAACACUCGAUUCAAAAAAUCUUCAAUCUCAAGUGCUAACCACGUUUUAGUUUAUUCAAAAGAUUCAAGAACUGAAUUUUGUAAAGUUAAUUAUUUGGUGGAAGAAAAUGAAAAAUAUAUAAUUUAUAGAUUUUCAAGAUUUUUUUUCAAUGAAAAACUUCAAGAAUAUGAAAAGACUAAAUUAAUUAAUCAAUAUGAAAAGAUUGAUUUUUUAAGAUUGGUCGAGAAUGGAUUAAGUGAAAACAAUUUACAGAGAAUGAAACAAAGAUUUGGAAGUAAUGAAAUUAAUUUUCCAGUUAAAAAUAUACCAAGAUUAUUAAUGGAAGAAGUAUUACAUCCAUUCUUUAUUUUCCAAAUUUAUAGUGUUUGUUUAUGGAUAGCAGAAGAGUAUUAUUAUUAUGCAGGUGCAAUCUUUAUAAUUGCAACUGUAAGUGCAGUUUUAAGUUUAAGAGAGAUUCGUGGAAAUUUAUUAUCAUUACAAAAGAUAGCCCAUUUUGUAUGUCCAGUUAGAGUUGUUAGAAAUAAUGGUAGAAUUGAAACUAUUCCCUCAACAGAUUUGGCACCUGGCGAUAUUAUCGAGUUAAAACAAGAUUUCAUUAUGCCAUGUGAUGCUAUCUUAUUAUCUGGUCAAGCAAUUCUUAAUGAAUCAAUGUUAACAGGUGAAUCAAUUCCAGUAAAUAAAUAUAGUAUCUUAAGUGAUGAAGAGAUUAAAUCAUUUAAACAACGUAAUAAUAAUAAUCAACAACAACAACAAAAUAUUAUUGAUAUUAGUGAUAAAGAAAUUAAAGAUUUAUCAAAAGAAAAACGUUCAUUAGUUUUUGGAGGUACAGUUGUUGUUAAACUUUUAUCAUCACCAAGUACAAAUGAUAGAAUUUUAUGUAUGGUACGUGAUACAUCAUUUCAAACCACCAAAGGUAAACUCAUCCUUAGUAUUUUAUAUCCAAAGAAAUCUCAUUUCAAAUUCUUUAUGGAAAGUUUAAAAUUUGUAGGUUUUUUAUGCUUUUUAGCUGUUAUUGGUUUUUGUAUUUCAGUUUGGAAAUUAAAUUCAUUAGGUAUUGAUUUUGGUACUAUUGCAAUUCGUGCUCUCGAUUUAAUUACCAUUGUUGUUCCACCAGCAUUACCAAUGGCAAUGACAGUAGGUACUGGUUUUGGUUUAUCACGUUUACGUAAAACUAAAGUAUUUUGUAUUUCACCACCACGUUUAAAUAUGGCUGGUAAAAUUCAAGUAUUUUGUUUCGAUAAAACUGGUACUUUAACUGAAGAAGGAUUAGAUUUAUUAGGAAUAAUUUCAACUUUACAAAGUACAGUAAAACAUGUCGAUAAUAUCAAUAGUACAUCAGAGUAUAAAUUUAAUGAACUAAAUGAUCCAAAGAUAACAUUCUUUAGUAAUACCACUGCAAUGUUUAGAGUAUUGAUGGCAUCAUGUCAUUCUUUAACCGUUAUUAAUGGUUCAGUUUCUGGUGAUCCAUUGGAGAUUAAAAUUUUUGAAUCAACAAAUUCAACCAUUUUAGAUGCUGGUACAAUCGGUGGUAGUGGUCAAGUAAUUUCAUUGGUAGCAACAGCAUUUUCCUCUCAAGAUACUAUCUCCUAUUUAGAGAAUUUCGAUUUCCAAUCAAAACUUCAAAGAAUGAGUGUAAUAGUUCAAUUAAAAUCUGAUAAUGCAUGCUAUAGUCUUGUUAAAGGUAGUCCAGAAAUGGUGAAGGGCCUAUGUUUCCAACAUACAAUUCCAAACGAUUAUGAUAGUCAAUUGGCAAUGUAUACAGAGAAAGGUUAUAGAGUUUUGGCCUGUGCUUACCGUAGUUGGGAUCCAACAGUUUUAUUCCCAAAAAGAGAACUCCUUCGUAAAGAAUCAGAAUCAAAUCUUCAUUUCUUAGGUUUUAUCAUUAUGGAGAAUAGAGUUAAACCUCAAUCACCACCAAUCAUUCAAAGAUUACAAAGUGCAAACAUUAGAACCGUUAUGGUAACUGGUGAUAAUGGUUUAACGGCUACUAGCGUUGCAAAGCAAUGUGGUAUAAUUAAAAGUGAUACAUUAUUAUUUAUGGGCUUAAUUCAACCAUCAUCAUCUCCAUCACCAACCAAUGGUAUUGAGGAUGAGAUUAUUUGGGAACCUGUUUCUCAAGAUGGUAGAGGUAACAUUCAUAAAUUAGAUCCAACCACUUUAUUAUUGGAUGAAAUGAAUCGUGAUUAUAAUUUGAUUGUCAGUGGACCUGUUUUCAAACAAAUCUACAAUCAUUAUUUAGCAACUGGUUCACCUAGAUUCAUUAAUAUGUUGAGACGUGGUAUUGUUUACGCAAGAAUGACACCAGAUGAAAAACAAAGUUUGAUCGAAGAGUUACAACGUAUUGGAUUAUAUGUUGGUAUGUGUGGUGAUGGUGCAAAUGAUUGUGGUGCAUUAAAGGCUGCCCAUGUUGGUAUAUCUUUAUCAGAGAGUGAAGCAUCAAUAGCUGCACCAUUUACAUCAACCAUCACCGAUAUCAGUUGUUGUCCAAAUUUAAUUAAAGAAGGUAGAGCAUCAUUGGCAGUUUCUUUCAAACUCUUUCAAUUUAUGGGAAUAUAUUCAUUGAUUCAAUUUACUUCGGUAAUCUUUUGUUAUUUCCAUGCAAGUGUUUUGGGUAAUUGGCAAUAUCUUUACCAAGAUCUCAUAGUCAUCUUUCCAUUGGUAAUCUUUUUAGGUAUGACUGAACCAUGUGAAAAACUUUCUGUCAAACGUCCAUCUGGGAGAUUGAUAAGUUUAAAUAUGAUUGGUUCACUAUUAUCUCAUAUCACUGUAUGCUUUGUAUUCUUACUUGUUGUUUUCCAUUUGGUUCAAAGCAAAUCUUGGUUUGACGAGCCCUUACUCGAUCCAGAUAAUAUUUUUAAUUAUAUCACUACCUCUCUUUUCAUUUUUGGAUGCUUCCAAUAUUCAAUUAUGUUAUUUGUAUUUUCAUUUGGUAAACCAUUUUUAAAAGCAAUUUAUACAAAUAGAUAUUUAUUUUUAGUUUACAUUGUUACAUUAAUUGCAAAUUUAAUAAUACUAUUUGGUGGCUUUGAGAAACUUUAUAAUUUCUUACAAUUAAGAGUUAUCCCAGUUAGUUGGAGAAGUACAAUGUUUGGUAUGAUAAUAGGAAAUUUAGUUGCCAAUUGUCUUAUUGAGCUUUCCUUCUAUUUCUAUAAAUCUAGAUCAAAGAAGAAAAAGAUUUUAAAUAUAAGAAUUAUUUUCUCAAAGAAAAACAAUGAAUUACCAAAAGACCCAAGAGUCUUUAAUACUAAUUCAGUUUCAAUUCCAAUUUAUCAAGAUUAUUAUGAUACCUUUUAA